CAGUGUUGACCUACGUGUUUUGUGUUUUCAUUCAAUAUAAUCUACUAUCUCAAAUUCUUUAGCUCUCAGGAAGCUAAAUUAUCGGCACUGCUUAUUUAGCCAAAGUCGAAUUUAUUUUGUUCGCCUCAACGCCGCAAUAAAAGGGAAUCAUGUCCACAACCGUGGCAGAGCCGCUCACCUUGGCGCGAGAUGUGAAACGAGCAAUCGAACUGUUAGAAAAGCUACAAAAAAGCGGCGAGGUUCCUCCGGCCAAACUUGCGGCUCUGCAAAAGGUUUUGCAGUCAGACUUCUUGAAUGCUGUUCGUGAAGUGUACGAACAUGUGUACGAAACUGUAGACAUCCAGGGCUCCCAGGACAUCAGGGCUUCUGCAACGGCCAAGGCUACUGUAGCUGCAUUCGCAGCCAGCGAGGGUCACGCCCAUCCGCGGGUGGUGGAGCUGCCAAAGACAGACGAGGGCCUCGGCUUCAAUGUGAUGGGCGGCAGGGAGCAGAAUUCGCCCAUUUACAUUUCGCGAAUCAUUCCCGGUGGUGUGGCAGAUAGGCACGGAGGCCUGAAGCGUGGUGAUCAGCUCCUCUCCGUCAAUGGAGUGUCUGUUGAGGGUGAAAAUCACGAGAAGGCUGUGGAGUUGCUAAAGCAGGCGCAGGGGUCAGUGAAGCUGGUCGUGCGAUACACGCCAAAGGUGCUGGAGGAGAUGGAAAUGCGGUUUGACAAGCAGCGAGCAGCUCGUCGCCGGCAGCAGUAUCAGUAAGAAGCUGGCUGGCUCAAAUUAGGUAACUCGCCCCCUCUCAGGCUCCUGAGGAACAGUGGACCCGGCAGCGACUGAACAUUCUUACCUAGUCUCCUAAUAUCAAGGUUUGAAAUUUGGAAAACAUAUUUCCCUUUAAUGUAAUUUAAAGGCAGCACCACUACCUUCUCUUUGCUUAGUGAACGAUUUUUAAAAAAGCAUUACGUGCUAUACAUAUUAAAUAUGCCUGGUAUAAUUUAAAAUGCCAUAACUAUUCGAUAAACUUAUACUUAAUCACUAAAUGGAUGAAAAAUUAUUAUGUUUAAUUAAAAUUUUGAAAAAAUUUAUAUAUUUUGGAGACGAUCUCUGCUUUGAAUUAAAUUAUAUUGAUGUUAUAUUUUAUGUUUUGAGUGAUUACUACCAAUAAAAAAAAUGUAUUGUUGUGCAA